AUGCCUUCAAAGCCGACGAAGACGAAGAAAGAUGCUGCAAAGCCUACCGGUUCCGCGCAGUCGGUACCACCACGCCCAAACUGGCCACCUAUCUCUCCUGUUCUACCGGCCGCAGACCUGAGCCUCGCCACUCUCUUAGCGGAUCAGGUUCUGACGAUCUCGCAGUUAUGGACAACUUCUCUCUGCAAGACCUACGUGAACUUCCUCUCCACCUUGCCGUUGACCACUACCCCUGGGAAGCCGAAGCGAGGCGAGGCGGUGCGAGUGAAUGAUCGAUUUCAGGUGGAUGAUCCCAUCUUCGCGGAGAGGUUGUGGAGCUCUACCGCGCUGAAAGAGAUAGUGGAGAAUCCGGUCAUCGAUGGAGAAGCGUUGAAUGAGCGGCAAAAGAGGGAGUUGUGGGGUGGUGAGGCGUUGGGCUUGAACUCGAAUAUUCGAGUCUAUCGGUAUUCGAAGGGGCAGUAUUUUGAUCAGCACUACGAUGACUCGAAUAACAUCUCCUUCCCCUCCACCUCAUCACAAUCAGCAGUCCCAGCCAAGACCACCUGGACGCUUCUGCUGUAUCUGAGCUCACCAGCGACCGGCUGUAAAGGCGGUGAAACCAUUUUCCAUCCAGAAGCUCCAAGCAAGCGGGAAGCAGCACCACCACCCAUCGUAGCAGAGCUCGAAGUCGGCAUGGCCCUCCUCCACCGCCACGGCAAAGACUGCCUCCUCCAUGAAGGCCGCGAAGUCACCGAAGGCGAGAAAUGGAUCAUCCGCAGCGACCUCUGCGUCAAGCGCUGA